GGGUAGUAAAACGAUUGUACUUCCUCAAGUAAUUCUUAGAAUUAGUUGACAAACUUUCAAAAUCAUGUGACAUUCUCAAACAACAUUUUAGGCUGUGAGCAUAAACGUUCUUCAGAGUUUUGUCGAUUUCUUUUUUGGGGGUCCGUGUCCAAAUCGGCAGCCGAGGGCAGCUCGAAUCGGCAGUGGUGACUUAUCACGACACAAACCAAUUAUUGUUCAGCAGACAUGGAGAGUGCCAAAUCUAGUGACGGUUUCUUUGAUGCGUUUCGUAUGUAUGGGCUAAAUCCAUACUACGCACCUAACAAGACUGCAGUAACUUACGAUGUCCUUGAAGCAGGGCUGAUUUGUGCCGUUCUUAUUGUAGCUUUUUCGUUUAUUGUUAUUGUACCAGGUAUCAGAGGAAAGGAGAGACUAUUCGCGUGUUUAAGAACCGCUUUAAGUUUAUUCGUCUUUGCUGUUAUCAUACUUGCUAAUUAUGGACAGGAAUGGGAGACGGCUAAAAUAUCGACCAAAACACAAUACAAAGCUUUCACAUCUGAAGAAAUCAACGCCACCAUCGGUGUUAAAAUAGGACUGCGUAGUGUUAAUAUCACUGUAAAGGGUGAGCCCGAGAAACAAAUUGAUGAAACUAUUAAUUACAAUGAACGUUUUGGUUGGAGUGAUGGUUGGAACCAGGGUAGGCUUGGGUUUGGACCAUUUGCUGGACCAAUUAGUCGAGAGUUCCGUGCGGCCCAGUACAAGGGACUGCCCUACCCUAUAUUGUGGAUAGUAGAAUACUUUACAUUGGACGGAGAAGAGAUUCGUUGGGGGCGCUCUUACAGAACAGCCGGAUUCUUUACCCAUAUUUGUAUGUGGUUAGCAUUCCCUCUAUGGCUACUCACCAACAUAUUGCUACUGUUAGUACUACGAUAUGGGGCGUUCUUCAUGGCCUUGACUGGCAUAGAUAUGCUCCUAGCUAAUCUUCUAUUCGCCACUCUAAGAUCAGGACCGGAUCUUACCAUACCAUUUGAAGAUGCAACAUUAAUGUUUAAGUAUGGGUGGUGUUUCUGGUUGAACCUGAUAACAGGUUUGUUUUGUGUGAUUGCGUCUAUUAUCAUCGUUAUACUGGAUUAUCGCUUCCCAUCAGCCCUAGCAACGUUCUUCAAUAGCGACAUCCUACAAGAUUACGAGGACACAGUGGAUGAAAAUUACAGUAUAGCCAGCAAACAAAAACUAUUCAGUGAGAGAAAUGGUGCAAACGGAGAGCCUGAUAACAGCCAGGCAGCAUCGAGCAAAUUGAUGGAUAGCGAUGAUACCGAAGGUGGACGAUCACAUACGUCACCGGACGAUGAGUCAGUCUUUAUGAAUCUUGAUAUUAAACCGGUUUACAGACCGAGGACCGCCUCCCGUUUCAAGGUGUCUCGUCGAAAACCACGGGCUGCACCUCGACAACCAGUACAGAAUGUAAUAUCUGAGGAAGAUGAAGAAGAAAAUAAUGAUAGUCCGUACGAUUAUCCGCCUCCACCUCGUGAAGCCGUCGACAGAGAUACAAGUGUCAAGUUCAAGCGAGAUGGUCGAGAACAGCACGGCGAGAUGGAACUGGCCACUUAUGGCACUGAUGAGAGCGUUGUGUCCUUAUCAAUAUCAGGAAUACCAGUGGAAGAAAAGUAGUUCUUGCAAUUUAGGUCAUCCCAAUCCCGUGUCAUGCGAAAUUUCAGUACCACGAAACUCUGACAUAUUCGUAUCUAGAAUCC